AAUCGGUAAUAAGAAUUUAAACAAAAUUAUUAACGAUUGAAAAUUUUCGUUUUUUGAUUUUCUAUAGGCAGUUAAUUGUCUUCGAACAAUUAUAGAUGAAGUUCGAUUAGAUUCAUCACCACCAAGUCAAGGUGGUAAUGUUCAUCCAUUAACAUCACAUGUAUUGGCUUUUAUGGAAGGUUUACUUUCUUAUGAAGAUACGGCUACUAUUAUAGCUUCGAUUUAUGUUGAACAAGAACAGCGUAAAAAGAAAAAACAGUUUAAUAUAUUAUUUGAAAUAUUAAAA